UCCUAUAAAUGAUAAGAAUUGGGAAAACCAUAGUCAUUCAGCUAUCGCAAAGUAAAUUCUACAGUCGAGUAUGGCUUCCUCAUUUUUGUUCUUGUCUUUAUCGAUAGUCCUUGCGGUGAUAGUAGUAACAUUAGCUGAUGAGAGUCCUGGAUUUUUUCUUAAAAUUACUAAAAAUAUUCCACGAUUGGGUCGUCGAUCGGAUAAACAAUUUGGAAAUUUAUUUUUCAAAAACGCAAAACAAAUUCCAAGAAUUGGUAGACGAAAUGAAAUGGAAAACGAUGAAUCCAAUUCUAAAUUACUUAAAACACUCGAGGAAAUGAGUAGUCCUAGCAAACGUUUUAUUAACCCAGCACCAUCAACAUCACGAGAAUAUAGUGUAGUUCAACCCGUCAAUGCUAAUACCCUGAUUGAACUUAUUGAAAAGGAUGCUAUUCCGAGGGACAACAUAAAAUUUGUUCACUGGAAAGAUUUCGAUCGUGCUCUACAAGUUGAUAAUGAUCUCUAUAACAAAGUUGUGUCAUUGGGUAGAAAACCUGAUCGUCAAUUGAAAGAGGAUUUGAAUUUUAGUCGCUUUAUGCCGUUUUUUGGAAACUCAUACCAAGGGGAUGAAAGGCUUAUCUACAGGGGAGAUGGUGAAAUGUACUCUGGAAAUGAUAAGGAACUACUCCAAUACAAUGAAGUUUAGAAAUAAUUUAUUUUAUUUGUCACAAUGUUUUUAGUUUUUACACGUGAUGAGUA